AAUAUACUUCAUAUAAGGAAUUUGACAAAAGAUAAAAGAGAGAUAUGGAGAAGAAUGAGAAGAGCAUUGUAUGUGUAACUGGUGGAACAGGUUAUGUAACAUCUUGGUUGAUAAUGAGGUUCCUACAAUCUGGUUAUUCUGUUAAUACCACCAUUAAUAAUAACUUGGAUCCAGGAGCAAGUUUCUUGGAGAAAUUACCAAAUGCAUCCAAUAAACUCAAAAUUUUCAGGACAAAUCCUGAAAAGCCCGAAAGCUUUCAACCAGCUAUUGAAGGGUGCAAUGGAGUCAUAAUUGGUCAUUCUGUUGAUUUUGAGGAUAAAAACGAUGAGGAGACGAAGAUUCAAAGAGCUAUUACUGGGAUUAUAGGCAUUUUAAAGGCAUGUUCGGAUUCGGAAACAAUUAAACGAGUUAUAUACACUUCUAGUGAUGCUACAGUUGGUUACGUUACUGAGGGUCAAGAUGUAGUAGACGAAAGUUCGUGGAGUGAUACAGAUUUUAUCAAAAAGUUGAAUCCUUUAGGAGCUGUUUACUCAAUAAGUAAAACAUUAAUAGAAAAAGAAGUUCUAAAUUUUGGAGAGAAAAAUGGAGUCCAUGUUAUGUGUUUGAAUCAUGCUUGGGUUCUUGGCCCUUUUGUUACUCCUCAAUGCCCUGAAGUUGUUCGUUACUCCUUGGCUAUGAUUCUAGGUAAUUGGAUCACCAUAGAGUAUGAUUCUGGAGUUAUCGCAUUGGUGCACAUAGAUGAUGUGGCUAGAGCUCACAUUUUUCUUUUGGAAUGUCCAAAUGUUAAAGGGAGGUACAUUUGUUCAAGUGCAGAUAUAAGUCCAGAUGAAUUGUCUCAAUUUUUAAGAGCUAGAUAUCCUCAAUACCAAAUCCCAACUAUUGAUUGUUUGAAGGUGACAAAAGAGUUCAAAUUCCCUCGGCCUAGUUCGAAGAAACUCGUGGACAGUGGAUUCAAAUUCAAAUACAAUCUUGAUGAUAUGUAUGAUGGAGCCAUUGCUAGUUGCAAGCAAGUUGGUUCUCUCUAAAAAUAUUACUUGGGGAUGAUGACGUGACAUCAAUGAGAUAUAGCACAAAUAAAUAAUGUACUUUUAAUCAUAUUUUCUUAAAAUCUGAGUUAAUUCCUCAAAUGGUCAUUGAAAUUGUAACAAAAUUCCACUAAAGUAACUUAUGAUUUUUUUGAACAAAAUCCCACUAAAAUGAAUUUUGCUAUUUUAGUGGGAUUUUGCUACAACUUCAAUGACCAUUGGAGAAAUUAACUCCUUAAAAUCUUCUUGUUUGAUGAAUCAUCUUUAGGAAUAAAAGUGGCGUCUGGACAUUCCUUUUUUUUUUUUUUUUUGGUUUUUUUUUUUUUCCCCCUCCCAUUAGGAGGAUUUAUAGUGUUUCCACACUUCCCCUCGAGUCUGGACAUUCCUUGUUGCUCCAAAUUUCCCCUAAUUAAUACCUAGAAUGUUGUCUGGACCAAGAGUCAUAAUUAGUUGAUAUUUCCCAUUGAUUAUUUCUUCCUCAUUGUUGACAUCAGCAAGACCUAGUCAGAUAUUGUCUGUUAGUUGAUAGUGAGAAGACUUUUUAUAGUAAAUGCAUACCUACAACAUGGCGCUUCUAAUAAAAAAAUGAAAAGUGCUCUUUUGAUUGUCAUAA